UAUUUUGGUAUGCCGAUAAGCCUCAUUAGAACAUCGCGGCUUUUUACGAGAAACAGCUGCGGUAAUGAAGAUAUAACAGUAGAUACUCCGUUUAUACCGAUUCUGAGCAAACAAAAAACGGAGUAAAUGAAUAUUUUUGUGUUAUAAGAAGCGUUCAUUGUCGACUCUGGUGUUUAAGUAGUCAGAAAAGGAAGCUUAUCGAGUGUUUAUGGGAGUUUUAAAUACAGGAAUACGUGUGCUGGCUACGCGCGCGCUAGUUGAUGUUCUGCGGUUGCCAGGAUACCGUCGUGGUGACGCUUGUUGAAUCUGAAAUCUGACUGGCUGCUAAUCAACCUCACGAGACCGUUUUUCUAUUCUCGAUCAUAACGAGAAAAAUACUUAUGUUUGGUUGCUACUCUUCAGAGCCUGCGCUCCCCAAACAAGCGUUCUCACCAAGAUAUUCCGCUUACGCGGUCUAAAUAGAAAAACACCCAAUUCAAAACAAGGUAGUAGAAGUAUGGGAACCGGCAGGAAUGACAUCUUUGUCGAAGAAAAAUCGAAAAUGGGGACAGAAAAUGGAUAUAUGCCUUAUAUGGAAAUGAAGUCACGCUUUGGUCAAAACACAGAGGAAACAGAGCCUCCUGGCAAAACCCCAUCACAAACCAAGCAGAAUAAAGAUGAAGGGUAUGGUUUAAGUUUGCAGCUGGGAGAGGAGUACGAGAAGAAGAAGCAAAAGCUGAAGGAAGAGCUUCGUCUGGAUUACAGGCGCUAUGUGUCUGAGAAACAAAACAUCACUGCCAACAAGUCAUUCUCUCAACACCAAACACUGUCUCUGCCUACAAGCAAGAGAAGAUCUCCUAAAGACAAAUUGCAAGCUGAGGGGAUUAAGGACUACAGUCCGUUACUCCGAGGAUAUGAGGAGAUACAGAAGAAAAGAGAAACUUCAAACACACCACAGCCCCAGCCCCGUAUAAAAGAUAACGUCAACUCCACAACUUCAUACCAUCCAUCGUUUACUCCAAAAACACGAGGACGGAUGAAUCCAGAGAGGACGCAGUAUUCCAAGAGAGACAACCUGCCUGAAUCCGUGCCCAGCGCUGCCCCGAUGCCAGGACGAAGAGGUUUGGAGGACGCACCCAAACGCUGGCACAGGAGGUCCAGGAGGGAGCGCUACACCUCUGAGGAGGAGCUGAACUCUGAGGAGGAGCUGAACUCUGAGGAGGAACAAGAAGAGCUCGAGCUCCUGCAGAAAAGGAGGCCCAAAUAUCGAACUGAGCCUGCGUUAGCUGGCAGGAGACACCGAAAACUCCAACAUAGAGCUAAUCGGUUCACUCGGGAUAGAAGAGAAGUGGAGGUUCCUGAUGUUCAGGAAGAGUACUAUCCAGAGGAAAACAGACGAACUCCACCAACACCGAUUAAAGCCAAUCCACUAGGACCCGCGCAAACCAGAGCUGCUAGUAAGAAGAACAUGACCGAUUUCACCACAGGACUUAUGAUUGGGGCUGCUGAGAGCAAGGAGGCUGUUCAGAGAAGGAAGGAGCGCUAUAGACAGGAGCUGCUGGAGCAAAUGGCUGAACAGUGCAGAAAUAAGAAAAAGGAAAAGGAGCUGGAAUUGAGAGUUGCUGCUACAGGAGCUACUGACCCAGAGAAAGAGCACCAUCAGAAGCAGUAUAUGACCGUGUACCUGCCUGGUCUCCCACAGCCUGACCGGAUUAAGCAGUUUGGUGCUGUAAGGAGGGAGCAUGAAGGCAGGAGACGAGACGUGCCCUACAAGCCCGGAAUGGGACUGGACACCCUCGGAGCAGACGCGGAUAAGAAGACGCAAGUAGAGAGAGCGCCACCCGAGAGACCGCGCGUGGCCUUCCAGUCUCCUAUUCUGGAAUACAGCACCGCUCUGGGGCACCUGGGUAACACCGUGAGCACCGGACUCGGGAACAGUGGCGGCGCAGCCUUCAGUGAAAACGUUCAGAAUGACCUCUCUGGAACUAUCGGAGAAAUGGUCGCCCCCAGAGUUGCGAGAAUUCCUCCUCCUCCACUGGCACCCACCCUCUCCGAGGCAUACAGCACUCCAUACGAUGAAGCCUACUACUACUAUGGAGCUAGGAAUCCCUUAGACCCUAAUCUGACCUACUAUGGACCUCCACCACUGCAGCCGUCACGUAAUAUCCCAGCCGAAUCAGUCACGUCGGUCCAUCAGCCUCCAGCUGGAAUCUUUGCACAACCAGUUUCCCAGCAUGGCGUUUCUCCUACUAGAAUUGGGAUUGGAGCAUAUCCCUCUGAUAGGCACCAACAUCCCAAGGACCAUGUUCUAAGCUACAAGGAUGCACUUAAACAACAGAUUGAAGACAGGCAGGAAAGGAGGAGACUGGAGAAGGAGGAAAAGAAAAGCUACGAGGCUAAACUGGAGGCGGAGAUGAAAGCCUUUGAGCCGUGGGGAAGAGGAGGAGCUGGAGCUCCACUUAGGGAUGACCAUGGAAACCUCAUCAGUGAUCUAAAGCUCAUGCACAGGACUAACAAGGAGGCACACGCGAACCCGGAAUCACAUAACGGAACAGCCGUAGCAUCAGUGGAUUGGACUGGAGCUGUGCCAAGAGCAGAGGAUAAGGAUUCUUUACAAAGUGUAUUAGAUAACAAAGUUUCCUCCUUCACCCGGCCCUCGCCACACGCCCGGGGAAACGUGUUCCGCGAGCUCCCGACACCGCAGCAGGUCCGUGAGCAGGAGAGGUACAAGGACAGUCUGAAACAGCAGAUCGAGGAGAAGCGACGGAUGGAGGCAGAGAGGAAGAAGAAGCUGCAGGAGGAGGAGGAGGAGAAGGAGAAGAAGCUGGCUGAAGAGAGAGCGUGCAUGCAGAGGAAGUUUGAGGAGGAGAAGAGGCUGGAGGAGGAGAAGAAGGAGAAGAAGCUGGCUAAAGAGAGAGCAUGCAUGCAGUGGCAUUUUGAGGAGGAACAGAAGAAGGAAAAACGUAAAGAAAUGGAACAAAACGCCAGAAAGCAGGAGAUGAUCCGUCAAGCCGAGGAGGCCAAAAAGAAAAGGACCGAGGAAGAAGAGAAGGCGAACGAGGCAGUUAAGCAGCAGUACGAUCGGGAAACGCAAGCCCGGCUGGAGAAGGACGUCAGGUCUAAUUCACCGCCUGUCCCUACACUCCAAAAGAGACUGGGCCACCAGGUUCCUCCCAGACCGCCUUCAGUCGAGAGCCAACGGUCAGCUACAGCUUUCUCUGUUGGGUCUAUUUCCACUCCCCAGUCCCCACCUGUUCCUGCACGGAGGAACGAGAUCAGAGCAGCAGAGGAACAGCAGGGCAUGAUCAGGGAGUUGUCAGUUCUGCGUAGGAAACUCAGAAGUGAGCAGAAGCAGCUUGAAGGGCAGCUGCUACAAGCCGACAGAGAGGAUACACAAACUCCCUUGAAAAACAGAGUGCGACCUCUAUUGAACGCCUUUGACAUGGCCAGGCUGCGGAUACAGGUGCCUGUAGGGAGACCAGCGUCGAACACCAGACCAGUGAACAGGCAGGUCAUGCAGGACUUCAACCAGCUCAAGUACAGAGACAGCAAGUCUCGUGAAGAAGUGAGGCAGGCGUAUCCUGAACCACCCAGCGACGACGCCAGCCUGGAGAUCCAGCAGCAGGCUCUGCUCCGAGAGCAACAGCGGAGACUCGACGACAUGCAGAGUCUCGUCGAUUACUUUGACCUGUCGUCUCCCAUGAAGCCUGCUCCUCAUCUGAGGGACAUCUAUGCUGAAGAGGCUGAGGGAGACACUCUAUUAGAGUCUGAGAGUGCUUUUAUUGACGCUAACGGUUAUUCCUUCCCAUUAACGCCGCACUCUGAUCGAAUCUCUGCCAGGGAGAGAAGACGGCGAGCCAGGAGGACGGACUUCUCUGAUGGUGUGGAAACCCCCAGCGGAGAGAUCAGCUAUUCUCGGGGCUCAGCAGACAGCUUCCAGCUGGACCGAGUGCGAGAGCUGAACCAGCGCAGGCUCAGAGUGUUGGACGACAUGAGCGAGAGGGACAGGAGAUCAGGAGAAAUAUCUGUCGCUGAAGAGGACGAACUUUGGCGGCAGGGGACUCCGUCUCCAGACCUUGCCCGCCGUGUUUCUACAACAACCGUUGCCACGGAGGCCUGGCUCCGCCCCGGCACCACAGAGACGCUGAAGAAGCUGAUGGCAGGUCGAAGGCCAUCCAGCCGAGACCUGCUGAGAGACAAAUGGGACGCACCGUCCACUUACCACGGCUAGUGCGUGAUCGAUUUGUUGCAUGCUUGGGUUUGUUUCAAAGUCGACAAACAGUCGUACCGGCAACAUGGGUCUGAAAGCAGUGAUGAAUCUCUAGAGGGGCAGAGCACCGUGUGUGUGUGUCCUGCCAGCCAGCAGGAUUUACUGUACUGCAUUGCUCUGGUACAGAUUAAAGUAGAUAACCUAUUCGGGUUUAUAUAUUUUAUGUAUAAUAUGAUUAAGAUAGUAUUUUAAAUAUGAAAUAAAUUUAUUUUUUAAGUUCCUGGGA